AUGUCCUCAAAACAGCACCUCGUCUCUGACUUCACGACCGGCUCCGGCUCGUGGUUGCCGCAGGCGCAGGGCUUUGACACCUUGCAGGUGCACGGUGGCGUCCGCCCUGACCCGGUCACGGGUGCCAUUCUCACCCCAAUCUACCAGUCUACCACGUUCGUGCAGGAGUCGAUCGAUAAGUACCAGGCGAAGGGCUACUCCUACACCCGCUCUGCUAACCCUACGGUUGCGGUGCUGGAGCAGAGGCUGUGUGCAUUGGAGAACGGCAACCACUGCACGGUGUACAACACCGGCAUGGCUGCGACCACCACGGCUAUCUCGUCGUUCAUGAACGCUGGAGACCACGCCAUCUUAACGAACUGCUGCUACGGUGGCACGAACCGCGCCUGCCGUGUGUUCUUCAGUCGUUUGGGGAUGGAGUUUACCUUUGUUGACAUGCGCGAUCCCAAGAACGUCCUUGAUUCUAUCAAGCCUAACACGAAGUUGGUGAUUAGCGAGACGCCUGCAAACCCCACUUUGCUUCUCAUCGACGUCGCUGCGGUGUCGAAGAUCUGCAAGGAGAAGGGUAUCCUGCACAUAUGCGACAACACCUUUGCCACAGCCCUCAUCAUGCGCCCGCUCGACCACGGCGCUGAUGUCACAUUGAUCAGCACGACUAAGUACGUGGACGGCCACGACAUGACUGUCGGCGGCGCCCUCGUGACCAACAGCAAAGAGUUGGACGACAAGUUGCGCUUGACCCAGAACAUCCUGGGAAACCUCAUGAGCCCCCAGGUGGCCUUCCUGCAGCUGCAGACGGUGAAGACGAUGUCGCUACGCGUGGAGAAGCAGAGCCGGAACGCACAAAAGGUGGCCGAGUUCCUGGAGGCACACCCCGCCGUGGAACGUGUUGUCUACUCGGGCCUUGCCUCCCACCCGCAGAAAGAGCUGGCCGACCGGCAGCACCGCAACAACCUGCACGGCGGCAUGCUUUGGUUUGAGGUCAAGGGUGGAACGGCCGCGGGUCGCCUCCUGAUGGACACCGUGCCGCGACCGUGGUCUCUGUGCGAGAAUCUCGGUGCCUCAGAGAGCAUCAUCACCUGCCCCUCUGUCAUGACCCACGCGAACAUGACGACCGAGGACCGCAUGAAGGUCGGCAUAACGGACGGCUUCGUGCGUGUGAGCUGCGGUAUCGAAGACGCCGAUGACCUUAUCGCCGCUCUCAAGGUCGCCAUGGACGCCCUUGUUCAGUAA